AUGUCAGCUCCAUUGUUUGGUAUGCCAGGUAUGGGUUUAGAAGGUGCUGCUCCUUCAUCUAAUAAACCAAAAUCGAGAUUUCAAUUAUUCAAAGAAUCUCCAGCUUAUACAAUUUUACUUAAUGGUGGUUUGUUUGUUGCUGGUGUAGCAUUUAUCCAAUCUCCAUUAAUGGAAAUGUUGGCUCCACAAUUAUAA